AUGCCGCGACGCAAAGCUGCAGAUAGAGACGAGCCGGCCAGGAAGCGUACCCGCUCCGGCUGUCGUCAAUGCCGACAGCGGAGGGUCAAAUGCGACGAGGCUCGACCAGACUGCUCCAAAUGUGCUUCUCGCGGGAUACGAUGCGAAUACAACUACAUCCAGCUGAAAUGGCAGUCCGAGUAUCACUCGUCCGGACGGGCCUUUGGCCGAGAAGGGGUGUGGAGCAAAUCUACCGGCAGCACGCAGCACCGCGGGAGAUGCUCCCUGACGGUUACCGUCCCUCGAGACGGCGACAGAUACCACCACCCCAUCUCCAAGCAUCACUUCGUACACACGUACUAUCAUGACAUCGGGCAGCUCUCCGCCCUCGACGGCCUCUACCUUGUUCCGCGUAACAGCAUCCCCACCACUCCCAAACCGACCACCUCAUCCAUCAUCGUCGCCAGGCCGCCCACGGCAUCCCUGCCAGCCUCGACGAUACCGCGCUCGGUGUCGCCGUACCGCGCCGCUGACGGAUUCGACCCCUGCCUGCUAGAGUACUACUUCCGGCGUAUAUGUCCGCUGGCCAACCCUCUACGCCACUGCACGUCGCCCUUUGUCGAGCUGGUCAUGCCGCUCGUCGGGUCAGGCCAGCACACGCUGGCGUCGCUGUCAGCCAUGGCCUUCUCCGCGCGUCACCGCAGCUUGACGCUGGACGGGUGGUCCUCGGCGGCGCUGCAUCUCAAGGGGCAAGCCCUCUCGGCCCUCCGCUCGAGCCUCGGCAUGGCCGACGACGCCAUGAUCAGCCGCGCGCUGCAGAACUCGGACAUCCCCAUCGCCAUGAUGUUCCUGUGCCUGUACGAGAUCAUCGAGAGCUGCGAUGACCGAUGGGUCAUCCACCUGCGGGCGUGCCAGGACUUCCUGCAUCGGAGGAAGCAGCUCGCCCCGCUCCUCGACGUCGAGACGCCCCAGCAGCGCAGCCAGGUCUCCCUCGCCGAACGCUUCUUUGCUUUCCAAGACGCCAUCAGCCGCACCGCCUGCGGCAACUCGUCCGUCUUCAGCCUCGAGUACUGGCAGAGCACGGACCGGCACGCCGACGGCCCGGACCAGGGCUGGAUGGGGUGCAGCACGAGGCUCGCGCGCCUGCUCUUCCGGAUGACCGAGCUCGGCCGCAUGCGGGGUGACAUGAGCACGCGGGAAUUCGAGGCCGAUGUGGAAGAGCUGGAAUGCGAAUUGGUCCUCCUUGACGACGCGGGUCCCAUCGGCCGCCUCCUCGUCGACUCGGCAAAGCUGUACCUCCACUGUCUGCUGCACGACGCGACGCCCGCUUCCCCGCUCGUGGUCGGUCACGUCCGCAGGAUACUCCAGCUGCUAUACGACCUCGUCCAGGAGACCGAGUGCAUCUCCAGCGGCCUCGCGUUUCCCCUAUUCAUCGCCGCGGCCGAGCUGGACCCGCUAAACGACGAGCCGUGCUUCUACGACAAGGCGGGGAACGGGCUUUCCGGUAGGCGGCUGGUGCUGGAGAUCGUGCAGACCGUGUCCGGGUCGUGCCUGUUCAAUGUCGAGAGGAUCGGGAAUGUCAUCCGCCAGAUCUGGGCCAACAGGGACUUGCACCCGGUGCCGGGGAACACCCCUGCUGACAGUACGGCCAUGCGGGGUCCUACGGCUCAGCAGAAUGAUUGGCACAUCUGCGUGAGCCCAUAUUGUACGAAUCUCAGCUUGGCAUGA